CUCUUUGACAACCGUUACCGAGGCAACGGAUCCACCACGUCCCUCGUCAUAGGCACCGUACCUGGCUUCCUAACAAUCCGAUGCUUUUCUUCCUUGGUCGACAGCAUUGGAGCAGCGCCGAAAUUUUAGAUUUCUGGAAUGAACUCUGUAAUUAUAGCUGGUUUCUUAGCGUAUAAGAUCUGUAGAGACAUGGCUGUGACAAUACAUGUUGCGGAGAUUCAGUAUGAUUUGGGAAAUACAGAUAAAUUAUAGUAUUAGGUAUACCUAGUAUCACGCGCCAUAUUGCGGAAUUUCAUUGGAACUAAAUUUUUCAUACUAAACUGAACUGUCACCCUAUACAUGAGAAUAACAGCGCCCUCCUGACAAUGAUCAUGUAUUUCUGGUCGGGCUUUACAUUAAUGAUGAUUUACAAAUAUCUGCCGUUUCGCAAGAUAGUAAGUGUUACCAACCUUAAAAUAGUUAGCUGCUGGAAGCCCCCAUCUCUUUGAGCAUCCUUGACAUAAACUAUCAUCUUUUAAGAAUCUUCUUAUUCUUUUAAAAUAUGGCCUCUAUGGGCUGCACACUUCCACGAUAGUUCACUGCAUAAUAAGCUAUCAAUAUUACACUUUAAACAAGAUUAAUGAGCAAAACACAAAAAUAUAUUCUCGAGAUGUCUUCGCCAUCUUGAAUCUCGACGACCCCAUCUUUUAACUAUGGAAGGUAGAGGCAAUGUUGAUGGUGCACUAUUUCGGCAAUAUGUGGUGGUUUUUGCAAGUAAGUGGUGAUGUGAAAUUAUUAUUUUAGAGUACAUAUGGCGCUACUUUGCGAUAUAACGAUUAUAACUACGAUUGCAUGACAUGCGCCACAAAGUUUUCAUUUACCGCCAUUUGAUGUUCAGUUUUAGUUAGUUUGUAUCGUUUUUCAUUUCUUUUAAUUAGUUUGUAUAGAAAUACGUUGUUUUGUUGUUAAAAACUAUCUAUCAGCACCAAUUUAGUAUAAAAAUAGCGUACAAGAUACACGACGACGUAAAAACGAUGCUGCAAUCUGGUUGUAACAUACGGUUCUUGACCAUAUCAUAGAGACCUUAAAUAAAUGUCAUAUGUUAAGAAAAAGUGACCAAGGCCUCCAGUGCCCCAGGCUGGAAUCGAACCAGCAUCCUCUGAAAUCGCGGCAGGUGCUUAAGCCCUUCGGCUGAAGACUUUGCUUUCGAUUUCGACUGGAGGCCUUGGUCACUUUUUCUGAGUAUAUGACAUUUAUCCCAGUUUAUAAUUAAUGUAGUACUAUUUCUACUUGAAAUAAAAACAAAUUAAAAUAUUUUCUGAUAUAUAUUGAAUUUGUUCUAAUACUUCUAAUAGUAUAUCAUAGAAAGCUUAAUCGGUGCGUAGAUAAAACAGUGUAGGUAUACACUAUAAAUGUGGUUCUUGUGAAAUUUGGUACGCAGGUUCGAUGUAUAAUUUUUUUGUCUAUUUUUUUCCUAAUAACCAGCGGAGUCAUGGUCUUCCGCGAAUUCUACAUAACAGCUCACAGAGUUGUGAAAUUGGUCAAAAACGGGUUCUUGUGAAAUAGUCAAAGUUCUUUUAUCUCCUUAUAGGCUUAUACCACCGAUUAUCAGUACUGCCGCCGUAAAAUCGAGCUGAGAUAAUCGCCUAGAUAGUAAAGUGGAAAACCUCUUUAAAUGCAAAUCAACGUAGGUAACACGACUUAGCAGAUGUUACAUUUUCAAGAUUACAAUUAUUUAUACUCCUACGGUGCUCUAAGAACAACGACGUGUCUAUUUUGACCGUAUUAUUUGUAUGUUUUAUUCGGUCGAGUGUUAUAUUUGGGAAAUAAGUGUGGUUUAAGAUGUUUAAGUUGCUUGAUGGUGCACUAUUUCGGCAAUAUGUGGUGGUUUUUGCAAUAAAUCUGAACUUCCUCGGCUACGGUCUUGGCAUCAACUGGCCGUCUCCCGUAUUGGUGAAGCUGGCUGAUCCCACGGAAACCAUACUUCAAAGGCCUAUAAAUCAAACGGAAGCAUCUUGGAUUGUUUCUAUAUACUUUCUUCUAGGAGCAGCAGGCUACCUAGUGGCGUUCACUCUGGUAGACGUCAUAGGACGUAAGAAAUGCGUGCUCCUAUCCAGCGUCAUCAAGUUGGCGUCAUCUCUUCUGUUUCUCUUCGGGAACGAUGUGUGGAUGCUCAUGCUAGGCAGGGCCGUCAUUGGCACGGCGGAUGGCAUCAUACUGUGUGUUAUUCCGGUGUACGCUUCAGAAGUUGCCAGUAAAGAAGUCCGCGGAGCUCUUGGCACGCUGCUACAGAUCUUCUCCUCCGUUGGCACAGUUAUCAUACUGAGCGUUGGACCGUUCAUCUCCUACUUCGAACUGAAUCUCAUGCUAACGCUGUUCGUGUUGGCGACAAGCAUACCUACAAUUUUCUUACCUGAUAGCCCUAACUUCUUGUUUUCUAAAGGUAGACCCGAAGAGUCCAAAAACGUUCUUAUUUUCCUGCGAGGCUCUGAGCACAGAGCCGAAGAAGAAAUCAAAGAAUAUGCCGCAAACAAAAAUGACGAAAAAGUCAGUCUACGGAUAAUUUUCCGUAAUAAACUGUUCCAGAAAAGUCUUGCGAUGGCUGCAUUUAUUUUAAUCAUGGUCUUGCUGAUUGGAUAUAAUUCUGUAACGUCGUAUCUUCAAACGAUUUUAGAAGCUACACAGACGAAUAUAAAGUCGGAAGUGGGGUCAGGGAUUAUUGGGGCUAUUAAUGUCGUAGCCAGUUUUUCGACACUGAUGACUACAGAUAGGUUUGGAAGGAAGCCUAUUUUGGUGUCAACUUUAUUUGGAAUGAGUGUUGGCAUGGUCGGCCUUGGGACAUUUUUCCACCUAACAGCAUAUGAAACUAAUAUUUCUGGCUUCUUAAACCUCCUGCCACUCCUAUCACUACUGGUGGUAGUUUUCUGCUACAGUGCAGGCUUGGGCUCUCUCCUCUGGUUACUGAUAGCGGAGCUCUUCGACGACCGUUCCAGAGGCAUCGGUGUGGCUUCCACACUCCUCCUGGGAACCGUCCCAUCUUUCCUCACUGUCCGAUAUUUCACAGCUAUCAUAGACGCCAUUGGACCGGCGGCGACGUUCUGGACCUCAGCUGGGCUUUGCGUCACAUUAGCGUUGUUUGUGGCAUUUAAAUUGCCAGAGACUAAAGGAAAAAGCUUUACGGAAAUUCAACACGAGUUAGGGAAUAGAGAUAAACUAAAAACUAGUCGGAUUUGAUGAUUUAACCUUUUCGACGCCGUGUCAAACACAAUAACUGUCACUCGGACGCCACGUCACCGAACCGUCAUAAAACUUUGUGCAUAUACGCGUAGGUCUAUGUUGCUCUGUGGUCUGUAACUUACUAAUCCGUCUUCGGCGUUGGAUCUAUGGAAGGUAGAGGCAAGAUACAGAAUCUCUUUAAGCAGAACUGUUGCAAAAGUGUCCAGCUAUCAGCUAUUAAUAAUAGUUCCAAAUCUCUCCAGAGUAGCGGAGCAGCUAAGAACCUAGGGCGUUAUUGACGGAGUGAAGUGCGCUGUCUAUGAUUAGAUUUUUUUCUCAAGUAUUCUAGGUAUUGUAGCGCCACCUAUUUAUGGUUUUUUGUCGGACACUUUUUGGUAUAUGGAGAUUCUGUUCCUUGCCUCUACCUUCCAUAGUUGGAUCUACGGUGCGGAUAUAUCCGUCAUUGGCGUCAUAAAGAAACUUGACAGAGGAAAAGCUAUCCAGUAUAGUACGGUAACGGACUUUAAUUGAUGAGCCAUUUAGGGUUCAAGCUUAUUAGGUUGUAAAUACUAACCUCCUUAUUCAUAAACGUCUACUAAAGUUGACGUAUUGGUAUGAUGAAAGGGACACACGAUUAUUAGCGGCUUGUCAACUUUAGUAGACGUCUAUGAAUAAGGGGGUAACAGUAUGAAAUGUCCAAUGUAAAGUAAACACUAAAAUAGCUCAACAAUUUAAGUCCGUAACAGAUUUUAAUGAUUCACGGUUAGUUUCACUAGACUUAAAUCGACCGGGAUAUGAACGGGAUAAAAGGUAAUCACCAGUAGGGCUAAGAUGGUCGGCCCUUCAUCAUUUGUCACCAUGCCUGUCAAGUUCUAACAAGUAUGUAAGCGCGAAAGUGACGCGCAUAGUGACAAGUGAUAAAAAUGGAACCAUGAUGCUACCGGUGGGCCCGUACUUUUCAUGCCGUUGACGCAAAAAUUACGUAAUUUAACAUACAGGGAGUUGUUUUACAACACUACAAAUUAAGAUAACUUACUUAUUGACGGGUAUCAAAAUAAAUACUUGUU